CUGCAGACUCUCCAUCCCAGCCUGCUGCAAGGAGCAGCCCCAACACUGAGAGGGCUUUUCUUCCACCUGGGGGCAGGGGGGAUCCCCUGGCCGCCCCUUUAACCAUGAUUUUUCUGCUGUGGCUCUGCUGGGUAUUCUCUCUCACCUCUGGGCAGCAGGACUCGGAGCUCCUAGCUAGGUAUCUGGAAGAGACGUUGAUGGUGGAUUCUAACUUCCCCUACCAUGUGGCGCGCAGAGUCCCAAGACAAGGCCGAUUUCUGCAGAGGCUGGAGACCAGGCCAAGGAUGGCUGAGUUCACAGUGAAAUCCACAAUCAUUUCCCGCUAUGCCUUCACCACCGUUUCCUGCAACAUGGUGAACAGCGGGUCUGAGGCCAAGGAAGGCACCUUUGAGAUGCAGAUCCCAGCUGCAGCCUUUAUCUCCAACUUCACCAUGAUCAUCGGAGACAGGAUUUACCUCGGGGAAGUCACUGCAAAAGUAAAGAAAACCAGCAAUGAGGAUAAAGAGAGGGACAAUAAACAUUCUAGUCCCACAGAUGGUGGGGAGACUGGAAUGGAGACUUUCAAAGCCUCUGGGACUAUUCCACGCAAAACCCACGCCAUCUUCACGCUGCAUUACGAAGAGCUCUUGCAAAGGCGCCUGGGAAAGUAUGAGUAUUCUGUCAGCAUCCGGCCCCAGCAGCUCGUGGGCAGGUUACGCGUGGAGGUGAACAUCCUAGAGAACUCGGGCAUCCGUUCUCUGGAGGUGCUGCCGCUCCACAACAGCAAGCAAAGAGGCGUCAAGAAAGUCGUAGAUGACAUCUCCCCGCCUCCAUCUACCGUGAUCGGCCAGACGAAAACGUUAGCCAAAGUGACCUUCAGUCCCAGUGUUGUACAACAAACCCAGAUUGCCCGCAAUGGCAUUCUGGGGGAUUUUAUCAUUCGAUAUGAUGUCAACAGGGAGCUGAAUGUCGGGGAUGUGCAGAUCCUGAACGGAUACUUCGUGCAUUACUUCGCCCCCCAGGAUCUCCCGCCGCUGCCGAAGAACGUUGUGUUCGUGCUGGACAGCAGUGCCUCCAUGUUGGGACCAAAGCUCAGACAGACCAAAGAUGCUCUCUUCACCAUUCUCAAGGACCUAAGGCCUGAGGACCACUUCAAUGUUAUUGGUUUUGCUAACCGAAUCAAGGUCUGGCAACAGGACCGUCUGGUGCCAGUGACUCCAAACAACAUAAGAGACGCCAAGAAGUACAUCCAUAACAUAUCACCUACUGGAGGUACUAAUAUUAACGAGGCUGUCCAGACGAGUGCAAAGCUGCUUAACAAUUACAUCGCUCAGAACGACAUUGACGCCAGGAGUGUCUCCCUGAUCAUCUUCCUGACAGACGGGCGACCCACGGUCGGGGAGAUGCAGUCCUCCAAGAUCCUCAGCAACACCAAGGAGGCUAUCCGUGAGAAGUUCUGCCUUUUCACCAUUGGCAUUGGCAACGACGUCGACUACAAGCUUCUGGAGAGGAUGUCUCUGGAGAAUUGCGGCAUGAUGCGGCGGGUCCAGGAGGACGAGGACGCAGCCGCACAGCUAAAAGGGUUCUAUGACGAGAUAGGGACGCCCCUUCUCUCCGACAUCCGGGUUGAUUAUCCCAAAGACAGCGUGGAGCAGGUCACUCAGAACCUCUUCCCCAACUACUUCAAUGGGUCCGAAAUUGUCAUUGCUGGGAAGCUCAUCGAACGCAACUCGGGCAAUCUCCACGUGGAGGUGACGGCCAGCAAUGCCGACAAGUACAUUCUCCUGAAAACCGACGUGGCCAUAGACGUCCCAAGCAAGAAUGACAUCAGGGGCUCUCCUGGCAUGGAGGAUGGCAAGGAGACUCAGAAUUAUGCUGAAAGGGCAUGGAGCUAUCUCACCAUUAAGGAGCUGCUGACUUCCUGGCUGAAGAGCGAUGACAGUGAGGAGAGGGAACACUUGAUGGAUAAAGCCAAGUCAUUGGCCCUGACCUACAACUUCAUCACCCCCUUCACCUCCCUGAAGAUGAAGGAGUUACAGACAGACCUGCCUAAGGAGGGUCAUGCCAGUCCUUCUACUGAGGGCACUGGGGAAAGAGUGCAGAGUUUGCAAGGACACAAAGCACCACCAGGUGUACCCAAGCAACCAGACAAACAAAGAAUUAAAAUAUCCAGAACAUCAGCGGAUGGAGACCCUCACUUUGUCAUUGAUUUCCCCUCCAGCAAGCUAGCUGUCUGCUUCAAUAUUGAUGGGCAACCAGGGGACAUUCUCAGACUGGUCUCUGAUCAUAAUGAGUCUGGCGUAACUGUGAACGGGCAGUUAAUUGGAGCCCCAGCUCCUCCCAACGGCCACAAGAAACAACGGACCUACUUCAGCACCAUCACAAUCCUCAGCAAUAAGCCAGAGCGAUCCUACGUCGAGAUCACACCCACCAAGGUCAUCCUGGAUGAUGGGGAAAGAUUCAUUUUGCCAUGUGACCGGAGUGUCACGGUGGGAAGCAGCGGCCUUGAGGUGUCUAUCUUUGCCAAUUCCAAUGUCACCGUGGCAAUACAAGGCACCAUCAGCUUCGUCAUCCUUAUCCACCAGUACAAGAAUCCUGCCCCCUACCAGAGGAAUCACUUGGGAUUCUACAUUUCCAACAGUAAAGGGCUCUCCCCUCAAUCCCAUGGACUGCUAGGUCAGUUCUUGCACCAUGAAGUCAAACUUACCCAGGACCCUCUGGGUGGAAGUCCCCAGCUGGUCAGUCAGAACUCAACUGGAGAGCCGAACCCGAGACCAGUGAACAUGUUAAAGGUAAAAGGUAGGCUGGUUCCUGUCGUGUGGAAGCAGAGAAAGAUCUACAACGGCGAGCAGGAGGUCGAUUGCUGGUUUGCCAAGAACAAUGCAGACAAACUGAUUGAUGGAGACUAUAAGGAUUAUCUUGCUGCUCAUCCCUUCGACACAGGAACCAGCUUCGGGAUGGCUAACAGACUUUAAGGCCGAUCACCGGUUGCAUCAGCAGAUUCAACAACAAUAACCCUGCAGGUGGUUCUUACUUUUUUUAGUGCCAAAGAAACAAAUCUUUUCCCUUUGGAAAUCAGCUUCCCCUCUUCUGUGCUGGCAGGUCAUGGUGCUGAGUGCAAGGCGGGGGAGGUUUGUGUUAAAGUGCUCUCCUGGUGGGAAGCCAGGGAGAGGGGGAGGUAUGUCAGAUUUAGCAGUACAGAAAGAUAAAGGUAUAAAACUAAAUGCCCAGGUGGAUCUGUGCAAUACCCACUAGUGUCUGGUUAAGGUAAGCUAUAAGUCAUACAACAUAACCCUUCCUUUGGUGGGAUAACAUGACAUGAGGUACCUGCUGUGAAAACUACCUGGGACAGACGUGCUUUUAGGGAAAGCAUCCCACAAAGGAAAGCCCAGGGUCACCAGAGGGUUAAUGAACAACACAGAGCCAGUGAGUCACAGCAGGGUGGUGGUUUCUUGGCUAUCCAGACAGGUUGAAUGGGAUGUUAAGUGUGAACCUCUAGCCAACAGAGAGGCUCACUAGUGAUAUACGCCCGCAUGAGACGUCUUGCUGUUAGAGUAUGGAAACAUCCUAAAAAAGCAGUUACAGCCGGAAAGAGUGACAGUGGUGGUGUAACUUCCACCCCUUGUAGCAUCUUGAUGAAAUGUUUCAAUCCAUGGUCUCUCCUGUCUCAGAAAGGAAGGAGGCUCCAACCCACACCACAUCUGCUUGAUCAUAGCAUUCGGCACCCAUUCUAUUUAAUGGAAGCUUCGUUAAAUUCUCUGGAUAGGAACAGUCAGCCAAGCUCCAAAUCCAUUGACCACAAAUGGUCCCAGCUCUUGUACUGAAAUCCAAAUCCCAUAUAACUGUUACAGUCGGGGCCCAUAUAAAAGGGGAUGAGCUGUAUGGCGGAAUGUGAGCUUUAUCCCUUCCCGCUCCCCAAAUGCUUAUCAUCGGACACUCCUCGUCUUUGCUUCCGUGCAACGAAGGCGAUUGGCAACACGAGGUUGUGAAACGGGCCGUUAGAUACUCACGCUGCAGGAAUGUGAAAGCUGAGCAAGCCACUCAAGAGGAUUUGGCCAACCCAAAAUGUAGCGACUGAUCUAUUUUAAAGCGAGACAUCAUUGAAUAAUGCCGUGCGUCAGCCUCCAAUGAGAUCCUUUAUUAGAAAAGUCUGCUAGAGAGGACGUCAGCAGACAAGAUGACAUAUGUGCCUGGGAGGCCAGAACUGAACUAAAGUUUACCGUAUCUCCCCGGGGGCUCAAAGGGAAGGGGGAAAGGGGUGAAAGCACCGUAAGCAGCCAAAUGAUAUCCAGGUGUUAGGAGAGUACUGAAGAACUGCUUUGGCCUAGGAGAAAUAGACUAACUCGGAGCUGAUAUUUGUAUAUUUAAACAUUAUAAUCACAUCUAGAGUCUAGGACAUCUUUCACCCACAGCAUCCUUGUCCACGUAGAAACCACCACUCCCUAACGCUGUAUUGUGGAGAAGCAUUGAGCUAGCAGCAUUGCUCAGCUCAAUCUCAUCUUUUAGUGAAUUUUCUUGCUUGUUGCAGGGAACAAUUCCAUUAGAGCUUCCCACGUAAAGCCCUGCUAAGGUACCUCAAAUGCAGUGCGGCUGCCAACAUUCUGUGAGUGCUAAGCAGUGAAAUUUGAACCCGAGGCUAUGGCUACACUACAGACUUCAUCCAGCAUAGAUCUGUCGGUCAGGGAUGUGACGAGGGGUGAUCCCUGACUGAUGUGACUGCGUUGACAGAAGCCUAUAGCAUAGCCAGAGCUAUACCAGCAAAACUGUGCGUUCACUAGAGUAGUUUGUUUCACUCCUGGCGGGUGGCUUUACUACACUGGUCCUAUUGGGUUCCGGGAAGUGGGCGGGCACAAGCCCACCCAUUGCUAAAGGACCCUCCCCCAGCCUUAGGGGAGGAUCCACAAGGUCCAGGAACUCAAAUAAUUACAGGGGACAACCAAAAAUGUCAGGGGGCAAGUGUGAAGGUCAAAGGGUCAAACAAAGGGAACCUGAAGGGGACACCGAGCAGAGGACCCCAGACAGCGCCCACUGCUCCUCGAAGGCAUCAAGGGAGCCAGCGGACGCCGCCCAGAGGAACUUUGCCGGGAUACGUGAGCGAAGGCAGGAUCGGAAAUGGGCCCCACAGUCGCAGGAAACCCCCUCAGCCAACCUCCUCUCCCUGGUCUUAUAGAUGGCUACUUUGGCCAUCGCCAAGAGGAGGUCCCGCGAUUCUGUGGGGCCACAGAUGGGGUGUGAGUAUAUGAAAAGGCGAGGGGAAACGUGCAGCCAGAAAGGUAAAAGGAUGGUCAGGAGGAGCCGGAACACUCCAGGUCUACGUGCGCCAGGGUCUCCCUCACGCCGUAAAAGGGACAGGCGCCAGGGACGGGGGUGAACCACGCCAAGUCCACGCCUGUGCUCAGUAUAGCUGUGUCCACACCAUAGUACUUUGCCAGUAUAGUAACCUGGGAGUCCCAUAAAGCCCUAGUGUAGACAUGUGCUGAGGCUACCGCACUGGGCACGUCUCUCUCAGGAAACAAUCCUCUCAGAACAGCAAUUGGCAGACACUGAGGAAGUGGGCUGGGUGCUGCCUUUCUCCUAAACCGUAAGCAGAGCGUUGGCUAGCAGGCCAUUGCUAAACAAGGCAAAGCUUAUCAAGCACCAGUGUAGCACUCACGAUCAGGAAGUGCUACGGGGAGAGGAAUCUUGCAGAGGGUGGGAAAUUGUGCCAGUUAAACUGGCUGCUUCCCCUGAAAACGUCUGGUGGCAAACCACGGUCGACUGACUCCUGCACUGACUUGACUGUUUUAAUUGCAGCAAGUGACCUGGAUGUUGGUCACGUAAGAAACAUUCCUAAACUCAUCAGACACCUUUGGACUGUGGUUAUUGCCACAGGAUUUCCCUGGGUUCGCACUUUCCACCUCUCCCCACCCGUAUUUCAGCUCUUUAGAGGCAGGGUUUGAGUUUUCUACAUGGUGCUGACCUGUUCAAACACACGUUCCCUUCGAGGGCAGCUUAGGGCAGCUGUAGGGUUCUAUUCCAUUGUACACACCCUUCUGCCCCCUUUCUGUACAUAAAUAUAUAUUGUUUGGUGCACUCGAAGCUUUAGCAUCUCCCCCACCCCAUUAUGGACAUGCUAUAUCAGUUGACCCCAAAAGGAUGAAAUCUAACCCCGUAGGUAUAGGGAGCACCUGCAACAGCACAGUUGAGAUUCGGUCAGUGCGGAUCCAGUUAUCACUUUUCACAAUAAAUAUACUUUACCGUGA